UCUGUGAACAUGUAAUAGUAUUAGAUAUGAAGUUAAAAAAGUUUUAUUCAAAAAUAUUAUCUUUAUUUCAUUAUUAUUAUCUUGAGUAAAUAUUUUAAUACAUAUUUUAAAUGUUACACCGCGUGACAUUCGAUAUUUGUUGUAAUUUAGGUACCGUUUUGACUGUCAUUUGCUUCUUUGAACAGGUGCUAUUUUACUAACCAUGACAGUGUUUUAUUUUGGGUAAAUGAACCCAGCAAAUAAUCAGCUCAUAUACACUCGUAUCCAUGUUAAUUCCAUUACACAAUCACAUUCUACUUGAGAAAUAUCUUCUCCAAAGUUAGGCGCAGUAGGAUAUGCAUUGUCAAGACCCUUUAUAGUAGUGGCAACGACCGACGGCUGUGGCCAAUCCCGUUAGGGUUGUUUUUACCUGCACCCCAAUAACAAACGACCCCUAAACAGCUGUUCGCCAGUUAGUCAGUCAUAACGUCAUUCAGUAACGUACUACCGACGCGCAAUGUUAACCAAUAAUAAUUCCCAUGUGGCAUUGACCAUGCGCAAGUGCUAUGACAGCUUCAUUAGUGGCGACCAAGUCGCAUCAGUUUUGUUGUUACUUAUUACCACAUAUCUCACCGUGCACAAAAUCAAAGCCUUCAGUCUCUUAAGUGCAUUGGAGAGAAUCGUUAAUUUUAACUAUCCUGUGCUGCUAGAUGAAAAAGGGUACCCACGGGUAUGUUUAACAUUUUAAUGUAAAAAUUUGUAUGUUUGCUGUAAAAUACAUGCACCAGUUUUAAAACGCUUGCCGAUAUUGAUCAGUAAUUAGAAGCAAUACGGUAGUUUGCAAUAACGUCGACUAAUAGUGUUGAAAAAUGUUUACUCGACGAGUGAAAGUAGAAAAUUGCAGACCAGUAGAAGGUACAUGCUUUGGCAUUGGCGAAGCGGGCUUGCUGAGUUACAUAAAGAAUGCAAGACAUUUUUGUGUGUUCAAUUGUUUACUCCGCUGCACGAAAUUUCAGUAAACAAUCGGACGACGGUAAUGCUGCGUAUUAAAACAUCAAUUAUUAUCGAAUUUGAAUGCUGUUCAUCUAUCCCCUUAUUUAGAUAGAACACAAAACAACGUCUUACGAAACAUUCGUUAUGAAUCAAGAUUCCGGUUUAAAUAAGCGUAGUUUUAGAUGUCGAACGGGGACCAAAUAUAUUGUUAUUACGAUAUGAUAAGCGUGAGACAGCACGUAGCUCGUCCGUGUCACUUUAUCAUCUCAUCUCGACUCCGGUAGCGCCCGCAUCCGUCCUACAGUUCGUUCUCUUAGGUGAUAACGCGUAUUAUAACAUGCUGAAGUGAUGAUUAUUGGAAUAAUAAGACUAUGGCUAUGGGGAUACAUUAUACGAUAAUGCAUCGUAUUAGAUGAUAAGGUUGUGUGUUGCGUGCGCACGCGGUGAGUGUCGGCCGUGUCGGUCGCGGGCACCGUCGGCAUUGUUCACAGCUCGCACGCGCUCCACUGACCUGGUUACCUACCGCUUAUUGACAGAACUGUCUUGGCUCCGCUCCUCACUGUUCAGAGAAAGGUGUGCAUCUCCACCUCGGCGAUGUCACAAAGCUCGAUUACCAACACGCCUGUGUGAAAUUUAAUGAGUGUGAAUGUUUGUUUACACUGAAACAUAUUUAGCACGCGAUGACGUCCAUGAUGAGACUAUUGUCGGUGAUAUUAUUAUUCAUAAUCAAACCAAGACAAUUGAAUCAGAAGGGAAAUGCAAUUCCCGAUUUCUAAACUUCGUUCAACAAAUAACCAUUAGUCAUAUAUCACAAAUAGAAAAAAAGGUCAAUUGUUACCUUGCCAAAGUAGUGACGUGACGGGGAACUAAAUAAUUUGGCUUUCUUUUUAGAAAUAUAUCACUGGUCAUUGACCCUUUGUUUUAGUGAAAUAUAGAUUAAUAGUAUAGGCCUUUGAAAUGAGAUGCACGUUUCAAUAAUACGAAAAAACGUAGUAAAGUGUAAUGCGAAGAAAUGUGUUCUCGGCGGGGCACCUCGGCGUGCGCGGGAGGGCGCUCCCACGGGUUGCCGAUAUUUUUAGUGCACGACGAUUACUUGGCACCGGCGGCCGCACUCGGUUGCGCUAGUGAUCUUUCUGAAAUUCGUUCGCGCUUAGGUACGCUCUGGAUCUCGAGAUAGAACCAGUCUUAUGUCCGGUGGCGAACAAGUAGCCGUGUAAACUAGAAAAGUCGUUGGUGCCUCAAUGUUUCGUUAAUUGAUUUGAUGGUGUAAAUAUGAUGGUUUUGGACUAUUAUGUGAUAUAUCCCGGUUAAUGUGUUUGUCAUAAAUUAGAAGAAAAAACUGCCAGAGUAAACAAUAUGGCAAGUUUGAGCACAAGUGCUAGUGCAACGACUAGUCCCCGCCGUCAACGAUAUAACAGGUCUUCUACCACGAGCGUGACACAACUGUUAUCAGAUGGUUACUCCAGCUUUAUCAACCGCUUGACUCGGAGAGGACCUUCUGAAAAGACCGAGAUUAUUUCUGACCCAAAGCUUACCGCGGCUCGUUCGCGAUUCGAUGAUAAACUUAUUUCAAGCAAAAAUUCUGCGUUGGCGAAUGCACGGCGAUACGAGAACAAUGGCCACAUCUCACCGUAUACAUCUUUAACGUCCGGUGCGCCGGCGCGGAAGUUGAACGAUGACCGUACGUACUCGAGUUACCUGGGAGCGUCCAAGUCGCGCAUCGACACAUCACCUUUGCAUUCUACCUCCGGGAUUAGCGCACUCGGACGCACUGACUCAUUCCGCAGAGCUCACUUGAAAGAUAAUAAAUCAUCGCCGUUCACUAAACGGUACCCUCUGAAAGAGCCCAACAAUAACAUUGAUAGCAUUUUAUUAGGUAGUACACGAAGUCGUUUGGAAGAUAAGUACUCCUCAGUGUUAGAUAGAAUAGCAGUUCAGAAAAAAGAAAGGGCAAGGAAAGAAAAGGAAGACCGUGACAAAACAUUAGAGCCUGAACCGACUUUAUCACGGGGAUUAAUGAGAAGCUUAACGACUGCAGUUUUUGGUGAAAACUCGUUCAAAAGAAACAAUUAUUCUCAUGAGAAAAUAAGGGACAAAACCCCAUACAGGAAUACUGCAGACCGGCGAUUGUCUUCUAGUCAUAAACAAAAAGAAGAGUACAAAAAUGGAUUUGACAUUCCAUUGAAAGAUCGCCCUUAUUAUGGCAAAGACAGAGAUAGUGUGUAUCGGAGACAUCAGAGGAGGUCUUUAAGGGCGGAAAAAAGCGAAAACAAUGACCGGAAAAUGGGCAAAUUAUCAUUGCGUCCUAUAGAUAUAAACAUACACCCAGCGGCUCGGGAUCUAAUCUCACCACCCCAACAAACUACCAAUGGCACAAGUACAAAGUUAAAGACAACCAAAACACCGGUUGCUUCACCGGUGAGAGAAGUAGGUCGCCAGAAACAAAUAUAUUUUCCAUCGAGUGAUGAAGACGACGACAAGACCCCAGUCGGAGACCGGGUACUCAGCGAACGGGAAACAAGGCGAAAAGAAAUCCAAGGACUCAUAAUGAAGUACGCCCAUUUAGAUGAAAUGUACGGACGAAUUGGCGAUAAGGAGAUAAGCGACGCCACUGGCGCAGUGACCGCUCCCAAGAAGGUGGAACCUUUGGCUGUGGGCGAUGUAGUGGUGCUGCCGCCCGAGCUGCGCGCGCGCCAGAGGCCGCAGCGGCCGCGCCACCUCAUGCGGCACGCGGCCACGCCGCCUAGCUCCCGGGCACGCUCCUCCGUCAAGGACGACAAGGACGGACAUCUGGUCUACUGGCCCGGAUAUGUCAUGGGAGCGAGAUACAAAAUCAUCGACACGCUCGGUGAGGGCACCUUCGGCAAGGUGGUCGAGGUGAAGGACUUGGAAUUAGAGCACCGAAUGGCUCUGAAGAUAAUCAAGAACGUUGAGAAGUACAGAGAGGCUGCAAAACUCGAGAUAAAUGUCUUAGAAAAGUUAGCUGAAGUCGACCCUGAUUGUAAAAACUUAUGUGUUAAGAUGUUGGACUGGUUCGAAUACCACGGACACAUGUGCAUCGCAUUUGAAAUGCUCGGACAAAGUGUAUUUGACUUCCUGAAAGACAACAACUACCAGCCGUACCCGCUGGAGCAGGUGCGGCACAUCGCCUACCAGCUCAUAUACAGCGUGCUGUUCCUGCACGACAACAAGCUCACACACACAGAUCUCAAGCCAGAGAACAUCCUGUUUGUCGACAGCGACUACGAAGUCGUCAGCGUCUACAACGCCUCCAAAAAGAAGCAUGACCUGAUGCGGGUGAAGCGCAGCGACGUGAGACUGAUCGACUUCGGCAGCGCCACGUUCGACCACGAGCACCACAGCACCAUCGUGUCCACCAGGCACUACAGAGCGCCAGAAGUUAUAUUAGAAUUGGGUUGGACCCAGCCUUGUGAUGUAUGGUCCAUCGGCUGCAUCAUGUUCGAGCUGUACCUCGGCAUCACACUCUUCCAGACACAUGACAACAGAGAACACCUCGCCAUGAUGGAGAGGAUCCUAGGACCCAUACCUUACAGAAUGGCACGCAAGACAAAAACAAAAUACUUUUACCACGGCAAAUUAGACUGGGACGAGAAAUCGUCAGCUGGCAGAUACGUCAGAGAAAACUGCAAACCACUAAUGAGGUACCUGCAGAGCAACAGCGAGGAGGCGCGGCAGCUGUUCGAGCUGAUCGCGCGCAUGCUGGAGUACGAGCCCUCGCAGCGCAUCACGCUGCGCGACGCGCUCAGCCAUCCCUUCUUCAACAAGCUGCCGCACCACCAGAGGCUCGGCAAUGACCGCUUACGGUGCAACGGUGAAAGCUCGACGUCUCGCGAGCGGUCGCACUCGCUCAGCAGGUGAGCGGCCGGACGCGCCGCCUGAGCGGACCCGGACGCGGCCCGGCGAACCGGACACGCCCGCCCGGGGCCGGACACGGCCGGCCCGGCCCGGCCCGGCGCGGACGGCCCGCCGGUGCUGCCCGCACCCACGCGAUAGUCAAAUGGCGCGGCUGCGUCGCCCGCCGACUGUGUAAACUUGUACAGUUGUAAUGAAGUGAUAAGUGAUAAUUAUUUGUCGAACAUUGUAAUCUAGGUAAUAUUUUGUUGUGAAUCGGUACUUCUCAAUUUGUAUUUAUAAAGUAACUAUUAUUCGAAAUAAAGACUGUCAGUCUGGA